GGACCCUCGUCCACGGGAGAAGAAGGAGCUUCUUCGAGAGGAAGGAGCGUCAGCGCGCACCCGGACCCGCUGCACACCCCGUCGGAUUGUAACGUAACAACAUGGCAUCCGAGAGGAUGGAGUGGGUGGAGAUCAUCGAGCCCAAGACAAAGGAGCACAUGUACGCUAACCUGACGACCGGCGAGUGCGUCUGGGACCCGCCUCCUGGCGUACCUGUAAAAAAGACGGACAACAAUCAGUGGUGGGAACUGUUCGACCAGAGCACGUCCCGUUUCUACUACUACAACGCGACCUCGCAAAAGACGGUCUGGCAUCGGCCCACGGACUGCGACAUCAUUCCUCUCGCCAAGUUGCAAACACUGAAGCAGAACACAGAGCCGGCGAGCACCGGUGACAGUAGCGGCGUGCGAUGCGGCGAGCCGAGGAGAAAGGAAACCGUAUCCACUCAGACGCAAACCCCAACGGUUGGUCGAUCAGGACGCUUUAAUCAUCAUCACGAUAACCCUAGUCUAGCUAACACCCUGCUUAUCGGUGCCUGUAAACCACACAGUCCAGGGGCGAUGGUUGACUUGCAGACGUCGCCGCCAUCGCCGAGCCCGUCGUCGCGGCGUCACCAUCACCAUCACCAUCAUCACCACAACAAUCGUCACCACCACAGGCACAGCGAUCAGCAGCCAUCCCCACAGCAACAGCAACAGUCCCCGUCUUCCUCGUCACACCACCAGCUGCUCCAGCACCACCCGAUCCAACCACCACAACUACCCCAACAGCCCCCACCCCGUCGCCACCACAACCACUCCCAGGACUCAGGCCGCUCGAGCGACAGUUCGGUCUCUCACAGCCGGACCUCCCUCGAGUCGGGCAGCUACAGGCUGGGCCUGGACUCGCCACACCGAUCCUCUCACCACCACCGCUCGCCCAACCAGCCCCCACCGCCCCCGUCCCAGCCUCCGCCCCAACAGCAGAGCCAAGGCAGUGGCAGGAGCAGCGGUGGCGCUGGUACUCUCGAGCUGAGGGCCCACGCCGGUAAGAGUGGCACCCUCGAGGCGACCAAGAAUCACCAAAAGAGUCUGCCAGCCAACGAGCCACCGCCACCCCCACCGCCUCUUGGCUUGUCCAUGUCUGCGAGCACGCCGCUCUUCAAGAAGAAGACCUUUGCCUCCGUCUCCUCCGCCACCGCGGCUGUCGCCGAGCCCCAGAGGGAGCAGCGCCGGGAUGUCAAUCUUGACUUUGAGAAGAGCAAAAAUGGCAUCAGGAAUUCAGAAUUUCGCGAGAUAUUAGAGGCUGCGCUACGAGGAGGUAUUCGUUAUUCUAAAACUAGAAAUCUCAGGUAUCACCACCACCAGGAUUCGGGUAGUAGCACGUCACCAUAUCGCGAACCAAGCCACCCCAGCUUCCGUCAAGAUCCAAGCAACGAGAGGCCGGUAGGCUACUGGCAACAACAACAGCAACAGCAAUCCGAUCAGCAGCACAAUUACAGCUACAAAUCACCAAGCCAAGGCUCGGACAAGUACCGGCCGGUUCUCGAACCCCCAAGUACCGGCAGCCGGUUUCAGCAGCAACAGCAGCGCGACCGCGUUAACAGCCUCGACAAAUCAAAGCCCUCAUUUUAUGCUCGAACUGCCAUUGUCCACCAGCAGCAACAACAACAGCAGCAGCAGCACGGAGUUGGAAAACAGCAUCAGUCGAGCGAUGGUAGCACAGGAAGCAUCGGCAGCAGACGCCACCAUGGCUGUUCGGUCUCGAUGAGCGAGACCAGCAGUCCCAGGGACGUAUUUGGCAUGGGUCCACCCAUGUUAGGAGACCCGACCGCCAAGAGUAUCGCCAAGCAGGCGGCCAACGUGGCCAAGCAGAGGAGUUUCGACGUCAUGGCCGAGAGGGUCGAGCGAGAAAAGGAGUUGAGGCGUGCGGUCACGUGCCACAACUCGGACAAUACGCAGCAGCCACUGUCACGGAGUUACAGUUUUGUGCAGCAACAGCAACAACAACAACAACAACAGCAGCAGCAACAACAACAACAACAACAACAACAACAACAACAUCAACAACAACAGAAAAUGAGCAAACAGUCGUCCCGGCGACGGGACCGGGACGAUGACGCGAUGCACGAGCGCUACCUCGUAUCCCAGAACCUCGACGCGUCCCAACCGAGGUUGAGCAGUAGCGCGAGCAGCAGCGCGAGCAACGGCAGUGAAAGUAGUGGCGACGGUAGCAACAGCGGUGGCGAGGCCGACGACGACAUCGAUGAGCCGGUCGCCGGUCUCGAGGAGGGCAAAAAUAAGCGGGCCAAUGGAAACCCGAGUCCCCCACCCUCACCCUUCUACGGCAACCUGCUCGUCGACGCUGACCACUUGCUACCGCUUCAGCACUACAUUCUUCAGCAAGCUAAGCUCUCUGGUUGUUACAAGUUUGGCGAUCCUCUUCUAACUGAGGAGGGUGAAGAUUCUCUGGAUGAGGAUGGAGGAAGGAGCGUCGAGCUCCAUGGUAGAGUUGAUGACGAUUCCGAUGAUCAGUUUGCCGACGACGAGGCAGCGAGCAAUCAGGGAGAUUCGUCGAGCCAAGAGUACCUUGAGGAUCACUACGCAGAUCUGGCAAACUACGACACGGCUGGCCUAGCGACUUACUACAACACAGCGGAUACUUUGACGAGGCCGCAGGCGACGCCACCACCGCCUCCAAACAUCGCCUCCCAGGCGGAGGCACGUGAAAGUAUAAUGGCCACGCGACCGGUGUCCCUGCCCACGCCGACAGUCAUAACAGGUCGUGGCAGGGGUGGUAUGGGUGGUUUUGGCCUGAGCGGCCUGGGUAGCACGUGCGUCGACAUGACCGACUAUGACGAGGCGCGAAAGGACGACGGUGGCGGCGGUGGUGACAUCGAGAAGUACGCCCAGGACAAUUUGAACCUGAACUGUGGUCGGCCCAAGGGUCUGAGGCUGCUGUUUCGCAAAAAGUUCAGCGUCAGGGACAUACUCAGCUGGAGCAAGGACCCCAUACCCCAACCUAUGCUCGUUGUCGUGGAUGGCGAGAAACAGCUCAAACGCGAGGCUUGCAACCUCUUUCGGCUCGUUCAAGUCUACAUGGGCGAUCGUAAGGCAAACGUCGGCAUGACCCUGGACGGGGUGGCGAUGGAGGUAGUGAACACGGUGUACUCGAAACCAGCGCUGCGCGACGAGCUCUACGUCCAGAUCUGCCGUCAAACGACGGAAAAUCCUCGCAAAGAGAGCUUACGCCGUGGUUGGGAACUGAUGGCCGUAUGUCUGGCUUUCGUGCCGCCAAGUGCUACGUUCGAGCCCUAUCUCGAAGGUUACAUGAACAGGCACAGAGAUCCGAACUUUCAGUUCCCCGAAGUAGCCAAGUGGCCCAUACACGUGCAAGUCAGUCACUAUGCUACAGUCGCGUGCAAGAGGUUGCAGAGGAUCGGGGCUCACGGCAAGAGGCAGCCGAGAAAAGCUACUCUCGAGGACAUUGAUCAAGCGAGGUUGCAAAUCUUUCGAGCGUCGAUGUUUGGCGCUACGCUGUCCGAAGUGAUGGCCCUGCAGCGCGACAGAUUCCCUCAGCGUGAGCUACCCUGGAUCCAAACGACGCUUACCCGCCAAGUGCUGAUACGCGGUGGUACCAUGACCGAAGGUAUAUUCCGCGUGUCCGCGGACGCCGACGAAGUGAAUGCCCUCAAGGCACGACUGGAUAAAUUCGAAGAUGGCGCGAUACUCGCUGCCUCGCAAGACGCCCACGCCUCAGCCUCGUUGCUCAAGCUCUGGGUGCGUGAGCUUUACGAGCCUCUGAUACCGGAUUCCUUUUACUCGGAAUGCGUCAACAUGAGGCACGAUGAUGCCGAGGUGUCGGCUGCCAACGUUGCCGCUCUCGUCGACAGACUGCCUGAACUCAACAGACGGGUCCUCUACCAUCUUAUUCAUUUCCUGCAGAUAUUUGCCAGAUCAGACGUAGUUGUUAGAACGAAAAUGGACGCGAGUAAUCUGGCCAUGGUCAUGGCGCCCAACAUACUUCGAUGCACCUCGCAGGAUCCUCGCGUGAUUCUCGAGAACGCGCGUAAGGAAAUGGCCUUCGUGCGAACGAUGAUCGAGACGCUUGAAACUGGCUGGGUCGAGGAUUUGCACUGACUAUCGCGUUACCUGUAUGUUUGAGUAA